CCCUCGCCGGCGCCGCCUCGCGCAGGUCCCGCUCCUGCCGCACCUCCUCCGGCUCUGCAGAGGCGGCGGGGAGCGACCGAACACCGCGGGGUCUGGCCGGAGCCGAGCCGGGGUCGGGUGCUGCGAGGACCCCGGAGGCGGGGCCUGUGGGACCGCGAUGGGCGUGGAGAUCGAGACCAUCUCCCCAGGAGACGGAAGGACAUUCCCCAAGAAGGGCCAGACAUGUGUGGUGCACUACACAGGAAUGCUCCAAAAUGGGAAGAAAUUCGAUUCAUCCAGAGAUAGAAACAAACCUUUCAAGUUCAGAAUUGGUAAACAGGAAGUCAUCAAAGGAUUUGAAGAGGGUGCAGCCCAGCUGGGUCCUCUUUCUCCUCUUCCCAUCUGCCCCCAUCCCUGCUAGAUGAGCUUGGGGCAGAGGGCGAAGCUGACCUGCACCCCUGAUGUGGCAUAUGGAGCCACAGGCCAUCCUGGUGUCAUCCCUCCCAAUGCCACCCUCAUCUUUGACGUGGAGCUGCUCAACUUAGAGUGAAGGCAGGAAGGAUCUCAAGGCGGCUGGAGCUGGCUGCUGCUCACCCUUCUAGCCUGCCUUGCCACUGGGAUGGCUCCUCCUAGGUGGGCUCUUGAUCAGUGCGCUCAGCUCACUGCCCCACGGCACUACCGCUCGCUCUGCCCAAGCUGCUCUGUGUCGCCAGUCUCACACAUCUUUGCUUGAGGAGACUUCGGUUGCAGAUUGAAACAUUUCAGGUUGUGCAUUUUGUGUGAUGCAUGUAGUCGCCAUUCCUGAUCACAGAACAUGAAUUUGUUUGCACAAUCUAUACUGCCUUAUGGUCACUUAAGCCAGACACACAAGGUGCUUAGACAUGAGUGUACAUGGUGUACCGAGGGACUUGAGCCAGUUACCUUUGCUGUCACUUUCUCUUAUGAAUUUUAUUGGCUGCUCACUUAACAGUGUCCUCUUUGGAAAUAAUAUGUAAAAUAAAGGCUCUGUGCU